AAAUUAAAACCAAAAGUCUCUCUGCAGAAGACGAUGAAGUUCAUCUGCCCAAACAUCAUCUUCAUAGCUUUUCUAUUAUCAACCGCAACAAUCACAUCUUCACAAUCAGAAUCUUCAGAAACCAACAUCAUUUCACGGUUCCAACAAUUCCUCAAAAUCAAAACCGACCAUCCAACCCCAAACUACAAACAAUCCUCCGAUUUCCUAACUUCACAAGCCAAAUGCCUCUCACUCCAAUCCCAAACUAUCGAACACGUUCCAGGAAAACCCUUAGUCCUUCUCAAAUGGACCGGAACAAGCCCAGAGCUUCCUGCCAUCAUGCUCUACUCUCACACCGAUGUUGUCCCCGCCGAACACGAUAAGUGGGAUCAUCCUCCCUUUGAAGCCCAUCUGGAUUCUGAGGGAAGAAUCUACGCGAGAGGCUCUCAGGAUAUGAAGUGUGUUAGCAUGCAGUAUCUUGAAGCUCUUCGCAAGCUUAAAGAAUGGGGUUUUCAACCCAAACGGAGUAUUUAUUUGGCUUUUGCUCCUGAUGAGGAAAUUGGUGGACAUGAUGGUGCUGAGAAGUUUUCUCUUUCUAGGGUUUUUCAGGAUUUGAAUGUUGGUAUAGUGCUUGAUGAAGGGUUGGCUUCUCCGGAUGACUAUUACAGGGCAUUCUAUGCAGAGAGGAGUCCGUGGUGGCUGAAAAUCAAGGCCGUUGGGAUUCCGGGACAUGGGGCCAAGCUUUAUGAUAACUCUGCUAUGGAGAAUCUUUUGAAGAGUAUUGAAAUCAUCCGAAGGUAUCGUGCCUCGCAGUUCGACUUGAUCAAGGCUGGCUUGAAGGCCGAUGGGGAAGUUAUUUCUAUUAACAUGGCCUUUUUGAAGGCUGGAACUCCAUCACCAACCAUUGUACCAAAUAUUUUCUCAACAAAGAAGAACCAUAUCGGAACUACAUGCACAGUGUUUUUAACCGACUUCAAUUGCAAAGGUCAAGAGCAGACAAGGUAGAAAAAGAUAAACUAAAAGAAGAGCAAAAAGGUUGUCAGUUU